AUGGCUUUGAGAGCUUUUAAAGCACCCAAAUUUGAAACUUAUGAGCAGAUUGUUCAGGAGGAGAACCAGAACCUCAGAUACUGAUUUGAAAACCAAUUAUUAUCAAUCGAUCCGAAACAACGAUCUGAAGUGACUAAAUAUACUAAACAGAAUAAAAGGUUAAGACUCGUAAGAAAAUUUAUGAUUGAUUGGGUAACUUACUUGGCUAAAAAGAGCAACUUAUAACCUUACUAACAAUCCAAGUCUCAAUAAUAUACAUUGACAAACUUUUCAGCCAUCUACCUGUAAGGCACAUUGAACAAGAAAAGUAUCUCUGGGGAGUAGUUGCUGUCUUAUUAUCCUCAAAAUAUAAUGAAAUCUUGCCAAAUGCGAUUAAACUAAAACAUCUCCAAAAAGUAUCCAAAAGGGCAGCUUUCCCGUCUGCUCUAGUAAAAGAUCAUGAACAGAGGCUUCUUAAGUACAUUAAAUGGGAGAUCUGGGCCAAACCUCCCUUGUUUUACUAUGAAACAUUCUGUAAUAAAUUUCAUCCUGAAAUUGACAAAGCUUUCCUAGAAAAUCUCAGAAUUUACUGAGACUUAGCCUUGAGAGUGGAUGAACUUCAGAAAUGUGGGUACUUCACCCAAUUUCUGGCUUGAGCCAUCUUAUCAUGUGACAGAAAUAAUUACAAAUAAAUCCAAUUUUGAGAUGUUGAUAGAUAUUUUCCAAGUUUCGAUAAAUGAUAUCGAACAUUGUGUGAGGAUUCUUACUCAGCUUGAUACCACUGAAUACCAAAAGUAUUGCCCUCGGUCUAAGAAGAGAGCAUCAGUUUCUCAAAGAAGGGAACAAAGAAUUUAUUGCAAUGAUUCCAGAUCAAAGAGAACAUAUAGACAAAAUUUGAAAUGAUAUUUGAAGAAAAAAGCUCCUUCUGUAUGUAGUGAAAGAUCCCUUAGCCGAGAAAAUUUAGCCAGAGAAAGAAACGAGAAAACGAAUAAGACAGAACUAAACUCAUUUGCAAUAUUCUACCAGACAGAACAAAACGAGUCCCACACAUCCUCCUCCGCUUUGGGAGGUGAAAGAAGCUCGACCAAGCUGUCAAACUGGAAAUAAGUUCAAAGUUCUAAAAGAAAAAUCUAAUGAUGGGAAUUCUCAAUCAAUAUCCCAACAUUCUUGGUAAGAUAUGCUACAAAUCUAGAUCCCUUAAUGAUAUGAAGCAGAGUUUUGAGAGAACCUUUCUGUCUAAAGAGUGCCCGAGUACAUCCAAGGCCUCUAUUAAACAACGAAUUAUAGCUAAAUAAAUAUCGAGAAAUGUCAAGUAUGACUCGUCCUAAUCUCCAGGCUCUUCUGUCAGAGAAUCAACAAUGCAAAAUAGGGAUAUUUCUGUUGUAGAAGAUGCCAAAUCAAGCUUCACACAUUUAAAAGAGUUGAUGUUUGAACAAAACCAAUCUUUUAUAAGUCUCAAGACAAGAUCUACAAGAAGGAACAAGAGUUUGUCUCAGCAGAAAUCAGAGACUAUCCUCAAAAGAAAAGAGAUAAAAUUCGCUUAUGAAUCCACAACUAGCAAGGAACAGAACAAGGUUAAAAUCACAGUAAAAUAAGCCACUUGCUGAAGGAGAGGAGAGACAGGACAUUCAUGAAGCUAAAUCUAGUAAGUCCUGGUUAGAAUCUUUAGGACCAGCAUUUAAUGCCUUCAGAUGUGUACUAGACAACAUGACAAAUCAUACAGAUUUGGAGGACAAGAUAACUUCUUGGUACACUUAGGUUUAUCAAUUCUUAGACAUCAACAGAACUCAGAAAGUCUUUUUAAGGAAUAUCACCAAAGUAUAUUUUACUUACUGAAAUUUUAGCUGGAAAGACACUUGCUAAUAGAUCGAAUAGACAUAGCAGAAGUAUAUUUUAAGUGCCACAAUAUAGAAAAAUCUUGUGUUAAAGAACAAGAAAAGGAGAAUAUCACAGAUAAUACUCAUAAAGACUGCCAGAAGCCAGUAAGGGGAGCUAUCAGAGCAAACAGAUAUCGAACGAGGAGCAUCAAGGAUAUGAGCAAGAUGCCAACUUACAAAAC